AUGGCGUCGGAGGCGACCUGUCUCUUCAAGGAGCAUUGCAAGCUUCCAGGUGAAUCCUGCGAUCCCGAGGCCAACAGGGGCCUGCAGUGCAAGACCUGCGGCCAAUCCUUUCACAAGGACUGCGCGCCCAGCAACAGGCGCGACCCCUUGACCUGCGGCUGCUCCGAGGCCCAGCCAGCAGAAGCCGAGGCAUCUUUUGCGAUGGCGAGCCCGGUGGGAGUAGGGAGAAAAGGAUCUCAGCCGAGCUCAGCCUCGAAGAAGCUUCAACCCUCCCUGAACAGCAUGAAGCCGGGCUUCGGCGGUCGGAUCGCCGGCUCCUGCAACUACUCCAAGGAGGAGCUGUACUACCUCGCAGAGCUGUUCGCGCAGGUGAAGCCGUCAGGGCGCAUCCAGUGGGAGCGACUGCUAGAGGUCCACACGAGAUGGUGCACGGAGCAUAGCGUCACUCCUCGGCCUCUGGGCUCCAUCCGGUCCAAGAUCCGGCAGAUCGCCUCGAGGAGGUACGCGGACGAGCAUGAGGACGCGCCGUCCUACGUCGACAUGGUGAAGCGAACGUGCAGAGAGAUCAAGGCGUUUAAGGUGGCCAACGCUGACAAGGCCGGAGGGAAGGAGAGAAAGUCUGGGAACCCCACGGGAGAGGAGAACGAGACCGACAUGGAUACGGAUGCGAGCGCGAGCGCUGACGCGGAAGUUGCGAUUCCUCCUGCUCCGCCCAACGAUGUGCCAGCAGCGGAGGGAGAGGCUGCCCCAUCAGGGUCGGGGAACAUGGUGCAUGCAAGCGCUAGGGCCGAAGGAGCCGGGGCUGUGCCCUCGAGCAGAUCGCACAGAGAUUACCAUGAGGGGGAAGGAGGACGAACUUCAGGUGGCAGGAAUGUGACGUUGAGCAGCAAGGCUGUGGACGGACACACCAAGGACAUGCUCCUUGUGACUCUUGGGGAGAUCAAACAGCAGCUGCAGGACACCAAGGACGAGGUGAAGAGUCUGAAGGCGGACAUGAAGGCUGUGCUGCGGUACCUGCAGAUCAAGGAGGGCCCUCCUAUGGACCCUCCGUCCUCCUUGUCCCAGAACGACUAG